ACAUGAGAAAAUCAAAAGUUUGACACUUGGCGCUAUGUCUGGAGCUAGUUUGUGAGGCUUGUAACUAUGGCUGCAUUUUGCUAAUUAUUUUAUAAAUAUAUAGUGUUUCGUGAAUCAGUGUUCAGUCAAUGAAUGGGUUUAAAUGCAUAUAUAAGCGUAUUUGGAUUUUUACUUGUAUGUUGUUCAUUUGUAAGUAAAAAAUGCGCUGUACUAAAUAGUUUCGAAUUGAGUACCUUGAAACCAUAUACUUAAUUUGUUUACUUUCUUUAUUCUUUAUUAGUUAGUCCAAAAUGUCAUACCAUGUGCAGGAUUUUUCUGCUCUAGAUGGAGGUCAACUGGAAUCAUAUGCAAAUGGGUUACAGCUUUCUGGUUAUUGUGAUGGUAUGGCACUUGGACAGGAAUACAGUUUAUUGCAAAGCAUUCUAGUAGAUGGAGGUACUCAUUUUGGAGUGUCUACUGUUUCAUUUGACAACUAUGAAGAACUUUUGUGGAUGGGAAAUCAAGGAGUUAGUAUGAAGACAUUUAUGCAGAAAAAUAAUGGUCACAUGACCUCAUAUUCAACAGCAGAACUGCAGAAGUAUACUUCCUUUCAAGUACAUGUUAACAAUGAAAUUCGGGAAAUAGUGCCUCAUGAUGCUGGUAUAUUAUCCUUAACCAGCAAUUCCUUACGCAUGUCAGCUAGAAGGGGACUUCCAAUAUUUAAUCAUUGCUCUGAGCAAAUCCAAAAUAUGCAGUGCAUGGUUUUAACCCCUGAUGGAACUUUGUUAAUGGGUGGUCACCAUAGAAAUCUUAUUGAAUUGGAUCUAAAUACUAUACAGGAAAUAAACAUUGUGCAAGUUAGUGGAGAUAAUUGUGCUAUUUUACGCAAGCAUCCUCGUUUUAUAUGUUCUGGUGAUAUCAGUGGAAAGGUAACUUUUCAUGACCCUAAUACAUUGAGUGUUGAACAUGUUAUCGACUGCCAUACAGGAAUGCUUUCAGAUUUUGAUGUUCAUGGGAAUCAACUGGUAACUUGUGGUUUUUCUUCAAGGCAUGGUGAGCUGUCUGUUGAAAGGUUUCUAAAAGUUUAUGAUCUUCGAGUUAUGAAGAGUAUGAGUCCUAUUCCAAUGAUGUUUCCACCUUUACUGCUUCGUUUUGUUCCAGCAUAUACAUCUCGUCUGUGUGCAGUAUCACAAACUGGACAGUUCCAGAUGGUAGAUACUAAUAAUUCAGACCAGUAUGCUUUGUUUAUUCAUCAAGUUGAAACUGGAGCUUCUGAUAUUUUGACAUUUGAUACAUCAUCAUCCUGUCAAGCUUUUGCUUUUGGAGAUGCUGCUGGUUAUUUACAUUUGUAUGGUGCUAGUAAUGAAGUUCAAUUUAAUCAGUUCAGCAGGCCUACAGAAUUUGCAGAUUCUGUUGAACCAUUACAGCCUAUAGAUAUUAAUGAUGAAGUUACUCCUCUGUCUACUAUACCUUUACCUAACUGUGAGGGUAAACUCCUCUCAGAUUGGCCUCCAGAACUAUGCCAAGUAGCAUACAGACCUACACCACCAAUUGACCCUCUUAUUUUGAAUACAAUGAAAAUGGUUGGUUCUAUUGGUUAUGCACCUAAUCCUGCAAAUCGUCGACGUAAUCAGGUGCCAUAUCAACUUAAUCAAAACAAGUUAUUGAGGGAUUCACCUGUGCCUCGAGAGGAUGGUCCUGAAGUCAUUCCUGCCCGUUACUUAAAACAAGAAAUCAAAUACACAAAAAUGGGAUUAGAUGAGAUCGAUUUUAAUCGUUACAAUCGCACAAGUUUUUCUGGCUUGGAAGCCAAUUUGCCUAAUGCAUACUGCAAUAAUUUGAUACAGGUUUUAUAUUUUAUUGAACCUCUCAGAUGUGCCCUAUUAAAUCAUUUGUGUCAAAGAGAAUUUUGCUUAGCAUGUGAAUUAGGAUUUUUAUUUCAUAUGCUUGACACAGCUCAGGGUUUGCCUUGUCAGGCAUCAAACUUUUUGCGGGCUUUUCGUACUAUUCCAGAGGCAUCAGCUCAUGGUCUCAUUAUUAAUGAAUUAAAUGAAUCAAAAAAAAGAAGCAAUCUACCAACACUGGUGCAGAGUUGGACACGUUUUAUGCUUCAGCAGCUCCAUACGGAAACUUUGGAAGUGGUUGAUCACAUACUUGCAGAUAAUAAUUCUGAGAGUACAUCUGUUAUGACACAACUGUUUGGGGCAAAACUGUUUAGUUGUAACAGUUGCCGUUGUAGAAGUGAAACCUGUCAAGAGACCACAACUUUGCUAACACAGUUGCUCUAUCCUGAUAAUCACAUGCCAGAUAAAGCUCCUGUGCAAUAUUCCUUUACUGACAUUGUUCAGAGGAGUCUUGCAGUCAAACAUCAUAUUACAGCAUGGUGUGAAAAUUGUAGUCGGUUCACUAGCAUGAUUCAAACAAAAUUCUUGAAGUCCUUGCCUGAUAUUCUUGUUUUGAAUUGCGGUGAUAAUAAGCAUGAAUUAGAAUUUUGGAGAAAUCAAUUUCAAUUAUUAUCUAAAUCCAGUGAUGUAUCUGUGAUGAGAACUUUACCUGAUGUUCCAAUUAGACGGAAACAUUGUCGUUAUGGUGGUCUGUGCAAGAGAGCUGAUUGUAGAUAUUAUCAUGAACAUAAAAACACAGAGAACGACCAAGAUCCAUCUAAAACUUCAAUUUCAUGGAUACCACUGAGUCUGAAACUGAAACUUAAAGCUGGGGAAGUAAUAGUGGAAGAUCAAAAUGAUAAUAACAGUGCUUCUAAUUCUGAAGAAGAAGAUGCAGAAGUUGUAACUUAUGAUUUGACUGCAGUUGUAUCAGUCAUAUCUGACACUCAGGAUAAUGGCAGGGAUAAUAUAGUUAGUUGCAUUAAGGUUGGUCCAACGCCACAUAUUCGACAUAAAGGUUGCUCAGCUUACCAGUGGUAUUUAUUUAAUGAUUUCAGCAUUGUACCUAUUACUGCUCAAGAAGCUGUUUAUCUAAAUUUUGACUGGAAAAUACCAUGUGUCCUUUAUUUUUCAAGGAUAGAUUUGAAUAGCAAACAUAAUUUACAAGUAUUCAAUCCUGUAGAAAAGCAAGUUUUCAGAGAAGAUGUAUCUCUGGCAGCAAGAAGUGGGCAAACCCAUAUGACUUUUACACCUCUCACUUUUGAUGAUGAUUCUGAACCAGCUGGCCAGCUUGUAGCCAUGGAUGCUGAAUUUGUAACGUUAAAUCAGGAAGAAGCUGAAAUUCGAAGUGAUGGCACAAGAUCAACUAUAAGGCCAUCACAACUCUCUGUAGCAAGAAUAUCUUGUGUGAGGGGGGAUGGCCCACUGGAAGGUGUUCCAUUUAUAGAUGACUAUAUAUCCACUCAAGAGCAGGUAGUUGAUUACCUGACUAAGUUUUCUGGCAUUCAACCUGGUGAUUUAGAUGCUUCCAUUUCAUCAAAGCAUUUAACAACCUUGAAAGCAACUUAUCAAAAAUUACGUUUCUUGAUUGACACUGGUGUUACUUUUGUUGGACAUGGUUUAAAAAAUGAUUUUCGAGUUAUUAACUUAGUGGUACCACCUGCCCAAGUUCUGGAUACUGUUUACCUUUUUCAAUUGCCUAAUAAGCGGAUGGUUUCCCUGAGGUUUCUGGCAUGGCAUUUUCUAGAUCUCAAAAUACAGUCUGAAACUCAUGACUCUAUUGAAGAUGCAAAAACAGCUCUUCAACUGUACAAAAAGUAUGUAGAAUUGGAGCAGUCUGGGAAAAUCAAAGAAGCAUUGAAAGAAUUAUAUGAAAUUGGAAGGCAGUUACAGUGGAAAGUUCCUGGAAUAGAUGAUUAACAAAUUCCUUUUUAAUAAAAUAUUUAAAGUACAAAUAUGAACAUUAAGUUUUAAAUAUAGCUUUAAGAAAUUUUGAAGAUUUCUUAUUUUAGAAAUCUUAGACCAUGCAUUCCAUCCUUACCAAAAAACUGUAAUAAGAGCAAAUUACUUGUUGAUAAAAUGUAACAUAGACUAGACCAAGCACAAUCACUAUGUUUGUUUUUUAACUCUUUAAAGGAAAAUUCUUUUAUCUGUGUUUAUUAAUGUUCAAUCAUUUUAUUAUGAAUAAAAUCACAAUGUAGUAUUUUUAUAUUUAAUCUGAUCUUGCAUGUUUAUUGUUUAGAAUAUUGAAAUUUUUUAUCUGAAAAUUUUAAUGAAAUUUGUAGCUUAUUUUCAUUACAUAUUUUAAAAGGUGUUUCAGGCUUUUAAUGGUUAAAAAGUUUAUUUUGAUUUGAAAUUAAUUUGAAUAAAAAAUGAAAAAGAA